AUGACGAUUCGAUCUCUAGCUCGAAAAAUGUGGGGUGUUACAAACAGCAAUGAGGUUAUGCACCUCUUUAGUUGGCAUGCUUUUCAAAAUCCAGUCCCAUUAGAAGAAUAUGUUGAGGUUGCAAAAGGCAUUGUAACAUAUGCUCGGGGACUUCCACUAGCUCUCACAGUUUUGGGUUCUUCUUUAUUUGGACUACCAAUUGAAGAGUGGAGGAAUACCAUUGAGAAGCUGAAACGAAUUCCCGAUGACAACAUACAAGAAAAACUCAAAAUAAGUUUUGAUGCACUCCCAGAUGAUAAGGUUAAGGCAAUCUUCCUAGAUACUGCCUGUUGCUUGAGAGGAAUGGACAAGGAUGAUGCCGUUACAAUAUUGGAUGCUUGUGAUUUGUUUGCUGAAGCUGGAAUCCAAGAUUUGAUCGACAGAUGCUUGUUAAUUAUAAAUUUAAGUAACAAACUGGCCAUGCACUGCAUUAUUCGAGAUAUGGGAAGAGAAAUUGUUCGUCAAGAAUCACCAAAAGAGGGUAGCAAGCGCAGCAGGUUGUUUUUUGAGGAAGAUGUUUCUGAUGUACUUUUGGGAGACAAGGCUGCUGAAGCCGUUGAGGUAAUGAUGGUGAAUCCCACAGUGUUCAAGGACAUACAGUUAAGUACAAAAGCUUUUGCCAAGAUGGUUAACCUGAGACUCCUCCAAAUUGAUAAUGUUCAUCUCAAAGGAAACUUUGAGUAUCUACCAACCAAGCUGAAGUGGUUGAGUUGGAAGAAUUGUCUGUUGAAAUAUGUACCAUGUGACUUUCAUCUGAAGACUCUUGUUGCUCUUGACAUGUCAGAAAGUAAAUUUGAAGAUUUAAAGUUGUUGAGAAGUUUGAAGUCCUUGAAUCUAAAUUCCUGUAAAAAUCUCAUGAGAACACCAAACUUCACCGGUGCACCGAGUCUCAAGAGAUUAUCAUUUGAAAACUGUUCAAGUUUGACUGAGGUGCAGUCAUCCAUUGUAGAUUUGAAUAAACUUAAAGAAUUAAAUCUAUUAUGGUGCAUAAAGUUGGAGAAACUACCAAGCAGUAUCAGCAAUCUCAAAUCACUUGACACUCUGAUUCUGAACUGGUGUGUAACCCUGCAACAAUUGCCUGAUGACUUGGGAAAUUUACAGUCUCUAAAGAAGUUUUCUGCACCAAGAACAGCUGUGACAUAUCUUCUGCCUUCUUUUGGACGCUUGAAGAAGCUUGAAUACAUGCAUAUGGGAGGGUUUGGCAGGGCCCAUUAA